ACCAAGAUGGCUGCUUGCUUACACCAAGCGCUCGAUUUUUACGAUCUGACAGGAAAAUCGGAGACUAUAAGCGACAUGGAACACUGUAUGAAACCUAAAGAGGAGUUUUAACUGCCCAAGGAUUGAUAAAAGACAGAGAGAUCUACUGAGCCAAGCAAAUUGAAAUCGUUUUAAUAUCGCUAGUAAAGUCCGACUUUCGUGGUUCUUCAAAAACAACUGCAACGCGAUGAUCAUCAUCUUCUCAGUGGUUGCUUCAGCUCUCUUGGCUAGCAUCGUAUUUUUGGUUAUUAGACUGAUCGGAAAAUAUCACGCUUUAGCAGACCUAAGAAAACUACCUGGUCCAAGGCCUAAUAUUUUCUUUGGAAACGCAUGGCAGCUUCCCAGUAACCCUGAAGGUACCCAUACCGCAGUAUCGAUCUGUUUUCAGGUUAUACGUACUUAGCUUGUUGUAAAGCAUUUAAAUAAUAUGCUUUACUUAUUGUAGGCCUCGUCUUGAGUGCAGUUUUAUUAACCAAAAAUUUCAGAAACUUCUGUCUUCUUAGCCUCCCACGCAGGUGUUUUUGGGGGAGCUCGUUUUUCAUCCCUGUGAAAAACGAGCUCCCCUAAAAACGGCUGCGUGGGAAGCUACUGUCUUCUCGGAAAAGGAAUAUUCGACGGAUCUGGCCUCACUUGAACUUCUAAUCCUCCUUAAUCCGAUUAUGCAGUCUUCGAGGUCAUUUCGAUCGUCCUAAAAAAUUCCCUUUUUUAACUUUCAGUGGUCACGCAACUAAUCGACCACUUACGGUAAGACAUUUCCGGUCGCUUCUCUCCAACCGAAGAAAUUAACCCCGAUAUAAUUCUGUCUUGAUAAUGAACGUUCUUGUAAGCUGCAUAUCCUUGAAAUUAACUUUCGUGUCGAGCCUGAAUAAGCUAAGUAAGAAAUAUUUCAAGACAAGUAAAUUGUAAAUACUUCGAGUAAAAUUAAGCUUCACCACACAACCGUUUCUUUUUAACUCAAGGCUAUUUUCCGACGCACAUAAUUAAGAUUGAUUGACAUGAUUCGCCUUUUUCAAAGCUUACGAAACCGCAAGUUCCCAAAGUCGGUUUUAGGGAUGGUUUUUCAAGUCACUUGAGGUCUUCUAGAAUUGUUUCAACUUUCCGACUCAGGGGCGGAUCCAGGAUUUUUUUUAGGAGGGGGUGCACUCGUCUCUUGCUCUACUUCAAUAAACCACAUAGUUUUUUUUUUUUUUUUUAAUGGCAAAAUACCAGUUGUAUUAGAAAACCGCAGGUCAUCUCUGGGGGGGCACCCCUGCACCCUCCCCCUAGAUCCGCCCCUGCGACUUAAAUGAGAUGUAAAGUAAAAUAACUUGAGAUUUUACUAAGGCCUUUACACACUGCACGUAUCUUUGGUUAAGUAAAACUGAGCAGCUCUCAAGUCUUACUCAGUAACGGCAAAGUGCAAAGGCUACCAUUCUUUAAAAUUUCUAGGCAUGUUUAAACAAGUACUGCAGUGGGCAGAUGAACAUUGGAAAGAGGGAGUUUUCUUUCUCUGGCUAGGGCCUUUUUACCCUUAUGUGCUAACAUUUAAACCUGAAUUUGCCGAGGUAAGAAAUGUCUAGUAUUAUAUAUAGCACAGAAUUGUAUAAUUUAUUUUUUAGCUGACCCUGUGACUACUUUCCCAAACGCAUAUCCAACUUCAGCCCUUCCCAGAAUACGCCGUGUGUCUUAACCACGAUACGUAACCGUGAAAAGGGUGGUCACGCAACACUUCUUCUUUCUUUUUGAGAAGGAGCGUUGCGUGGAAACCCUGAUAACGGCUGCAAAGGAGACUGUGUGUAGUUCCGCACUUCCGCGAGAGAAAGUAAGGUUUUUUUUAGAGACCUCACAGCAUAACAACGGCGACGACCGAAUGGAAACGUCUGUGGAAAACGGGUUCUUACAAACUUCUUUCACGAUUACUAUUAAAGUUGGGAAAUUAAGUCAGUGAAGGUUUAGCUAAAAAGAAGCGUCCGAACUCAGAUAGCCUUGUUUGUCAUGUUCUCAAGAAAAAGGUGAAGAAAAUUGGGCUUUUGACGUAGUAGUUUUGUCAGGGAUGUUGUGUCACGGAAGGCAACUGAAAAGCAUGUUGCACAAGAGGAGUUCUUGUUCUUCUUCUAACUUGUUGUUUUUUUGUUUUUGUUAUUGUAUUUUUUCACUUAUAAUCUAUCGUUUUUUGACAUUCCCUCUCUCGGAUUUGAUGAAAGAAGUGCAAGGGAAACCCUUUGGUCAGAGAAGUGACUGAAUACGUACAGACACAAAGUUCAUGAGUACUUAAAUUCUCUUUAUAUUUUCAGAUUCUCUUGGACAGCUCAAAACACUUGACCAAAUCUAAUGAUUAUUCAUACAUGAUUCCGUGGCUUGGGACAGGUUAGUGAUGUUCUAAAACCAUUCUGUGUUGGAGUCCAUGGCAUAAUAAUCAAACUGGCUCUUCAAAGAAAACACAAGGGAUCAAAAGAGAACACCUUCAUAAAAAAAAAAAAAAGUCACUUUGAUUUAUUUUAUAUUGCCUCCUGCUCAUUUCAUUUGUGCAGAACAUUUGGACCAUUUAUACGAGAAAAAAUAAGACAUGUCUUACAUAAGACGCGUCCUAAAUAAGACGCAAACUAUCCCGUAUGAACGGCACAUUUCGUCUAAGACGCGUCUUAUUUAAGAACAGCCCUUAACACCUGUUCUUCGAUAAGACGCGUCUUAGCUAAGUCGCGUCUUCUUAUGCAGCCUCUUAUUUUUCCUCGUAUGAAUGUCCCUAUUGACUCCGAUGGAUAGCAACAUCCUUGGAAAGAAUUAAUCCUUUUUUAACUAUUCGACGACCUUCACAAACGCAUACUCAUUACAAAAAUUCACCACUUCGCAGGUCACCCCACUCGCCUUAAUCUAACCCCAAUCUUCUCUUAGCCAGUUCUAGGUAUCUAGGUUUUGGACUGAGGGUGGUGCGAGAUAGAGAGCACCACGGAGGAAAAAACGCGGAAGAUUUGAAGAAGGGGGAGGAGACAGGAGGUUUUUUCGCCCUCUCCCUACCCCCUCCCUUGUUGUUUUUUUCCUGCUCACUUUUCUUUGCGACAAUUAAAUUCUGUUGUUAAAGUAGUCUUGUUUUUAUUUUUCAUGUUUUUCCUGCCUGUGUGUGAUGUGUUGUUCCAUCAUCCAUCAUGACAUGCAAUCACCGCAAUGCCGGGCUGGAUAACAAACAAAGGCUUAUUAAUUAGGUAGGUAAAAUAAUUCCUACCUUGAUCUCAUCGGUUUCUCUUAUUAUCCUCAACCCUUGAACCUAUGAACAAAUUCAUGACUCACUAUGUGAAAAAGCAAAUCUAUAUUGUAGAGCACGAAAGAAACGGGUCCAAACAUCGAAAAGCUUUUGAGAACUCGUUUUCCAUACCCUUGUGCAUUCCAGAUCGAUCAAAUUGGAAUAAAAGUGUUCGCUACUUAAAGUGAUUGAGUUUUUGUUGUGGGUUCUGCUCCACUAACCAGAGAGAUUAAUCUGUUUACAUAGAACCUGUGACAAGCUCUACUGGGCAGAUAACAAUGAAAGAAUGGAACUGUUUCAUAACCCAUACCCUAACAUCUUUGCAAGAAAAGAGAGAGAGAGAAAAUGAAACCCGCUGGUGCCUGCUCCCGUUUUUGCGCUUAGCUGGGAGCAAAGCCACUAUCUUUCACUGUAUUAUUUAAACUAUUUUUAUCCUUGCCUCACCUUCUCUUGACAUGUGACUUUUUUUUGCUUAAACAGUGAAGGCUCGAAGUGGCGGACGAGAAGAAAAUUGAUCACUCCAACCUUCCACUUCAGAAUUUUGAACGAUUUUCUUCAAGUAUUCAAAGAACAAGCAGCGAUUUUGGUUGCUCGCCUUGAGGUAAUUAAAAUUUACAUUUUCUCCAACCUUCCGAAGUGUUAACUGAGUUUAAUAUUGGAACAUGGUGUAUGCGAGAAAAUUUACAAUAUGCCCUAUUUUAACAGAAACAAGUCGGCAAAGGAGUCUUCAAUUUGAUGCCCUUCAUCUCACUUUGUACGUUGGAUAUCAUUUGCAGUAAGUAUAAUUGAAUUCUAAAAUAUCGAAUAUAACCUCGGUUUUCAUUGGAAUCAAUAUUUAUAUUAACAGGACGCCUGCCACCCAUCCAAACCUAGUUCCUAUCUUCUACUUAAAUAGACGAAGUUGUAUCAAAGGUUACAGCCCCACGCGGUAUUCAGGGAUUAUAUCGACCCAUUCGCUCUUGAAAAUUUUGCCGCAAAAGCGUCUUGAAGCUAGUUUGAGCCGUUUUCUGGUCACUGUCUGGCCAUAAAGAGCUAAAUACUUACCACAAAUCCGUUUACAGGUAGUACACUUCGCGGCCUGAUCCAGAUCCAAAAAUUCGCUUUCGAAGUUCGAGCAUGCGCAAAAAGCAAAAUUUUGAGAGGGUUCAAAAAUGACACGGCAGUCUUGACUUUUUCUUUUCGCUUUCUCUCCUCUCGUCUUUUUUUUCGCUUUUCUUGUCUCAAAUUUUUUUGCUAAGGGCGUUAAGUAGGCUUCAUUUUGGUGGGAACUGUUUCUGGGAAAGCUUUCAGGGUCUUAGGAUUAGAUAGGUAGGUCGGUUGUGGAACAAAAUUUUCAUGGGAAUUUUCGGGUUAACGGUACAUGUGUGUUUUUUUUUUGGCCUUUUUCUCUGGCCUUCGUGACUGAAUCCUGCUCAGUGGUAUGGUGUGAAAAAUCUCUUCAUCCUGCACAAACUUAACGUCCUUGGCCGUUAUAACUGAUGACGUCAAAAGCGGUAGAAGGAGCGUGGAUUCACACGGGCGAAUGGGUUAAGAAAGUCAGGGUCCUUAAUUUCUAUUGUUAAGGAACUUAGUGUACAUGUGAUCAUAGAGGUCAUGAUAAUCUGAUGAAAAUUAUUCCUUUUGUUUGUUUUCUUUGAUUUUAAGUCACCUCCAUGGAUUCAUCACCAAACGCUCAAGAAAAUAACGAUUCUCCAUACGUGAAUGCUGUCUUGAGGUUUGGAAUAGCUAUAGAGCUCAUUUCGCUUUACUAAUUUCAACUGAAUUACCUUCUUCUUAGUAACGUAGCUUGGAGUCUAGCAAGAUGGUCCCCAAAGAUUCCCAAAAAGGCUCUUCGAGAUGUGGAGUUUGCCUUAUUUGUUUGCCCGCAUUCAGGAUAUCGAUUUCAUAGCAAAAUAGUAACAGGGUUCGGAAUUGAAAGUAUGCACGAGAUGCGGGAUUCCGAAAAUAACCAUCGGGAUUACGGGAUUGCGCGAGAUAAGGUUCGGGAUGUGGGAUUUCCCUUGUUUGAAGCUCGGGAUUUGGGAUUUCAAAGCAAAGGUAGGGCGAGAUUCGGGAUUGAAAGUACGCACGAGAUGCCGGAUCCCAAAAAUAAACUUCGGGAUUACGGAAUGCUUCAAAUCGCUGCUAGUCACAGGUCUGUGAGGUAUAAUACUAACCUCCCUCCUCCCUUCCAUUCAAAGUUAUUCCUUCAAGUUUUGAGCCUGUUCUUGUAUUGCUAGCGACUUUGAUAAGGGGUUGAGGGGGGUCACAAGCACAAGUUCAUGGACGGGCCAAUUAACCCAAAAUACGAUACAGUGUCUCCAGUACGCUUGCAACUGGCUGUAAAUCCCCCGCUGUUAUUCUUUAGAUUUUUACUUUUUUUGCGUGACCGGGCUCCACCUCGAGAAUGCCGGCCUGUAAUUGGCAUGGCCUAUGGAGUGUUUUCACAUGACGUCACGGCGGCCAUAUUGUUGUCCCAAAACAAUAAAAAACGGCGGCCGUGUUGGUGUCCCAAACUAGUUCUGUGGGAGUUGAACUCUUUUCUUAUGCAAACGCUUUCUUUUGUUGUAAUAAAUUUGCUUAGAUGCUGACCACGUGAGUGAAAACACUCUAUAAAAACGUAAAGGACCCAAGCCCCUCGAACCGAAACUUUGUCCUAAAUAGCUAAGAGAUUCAUAACUUACUGAUCAUACACACACACACGAAGGACUAGUUUGCUUUUACAUGCAACAGAAUGUCCAAGCUGGUUCACAAGAGGCAGAGGUCUCCUUGGCUUUGGAAUGAUGUCAUUUAUAGCUUGACGCCUUCGGGAAGAGAACAUGAUAAAUGCCUUAGGAUUCUUCACGAUUUCACAAACAAGGUACUUAUUUUACUUUACUUUUUAGCAAAUGGCGGGCCUGAAUUAUCGAUGACACAUUGUCAACUCGCCCCACCCCUUUAUUUCACUCAACCAUGCCUUAUAUCUUAGUACCGUAGAUGCUCGAAUAAGCGCCUAUUUGAUUUUUUGACUCGAGAGGGGGGCGUCAAUUUGAGGGGGACCCUUAUUAUAUAGACUUGAGUUUCAACGUCCUGUAGUAGCCAAAUUCGCUGUCCUUGUCAGAUGUCAUGCUACAUUCAUUGAAGAUAUACCUACUAAAUACUAUAUUAAUGUAAACAAUAAGCGGGCGCUCAUGUAGUAUUCAAAACAGAAAGGUUUUAUGAAUAAUUAUUCUUUCUGGGUGGUUUCUUAGCGCGAAACUCCGACACAAAUGCCUGAACAGGCUGUCAUGUCAGCUGACAAGUAAACCAUUAAAUAUAUUCCAUUAGGUCAUUGAUGAGCGAAUCGCUGACCGAGCUGCCAAGAACAAUAUUUCACAAAAAGAGGAAGAAGACGGGGAAACCAGUAAAGAAGAGGAUGUGUUUAAAAGACAGAAGCGUCUGGCAUUUCUCGAUCUAUUACUGGAAGCGUAUGACAAAGGGGAAAUUUCACGGGAAGGAGUUAGAGAAGAAGUGGAUACGUUUAUGUUCGAGGUCUGAAUGCUUGUGAUAAUUGCGCUUUGGCUCGUUUUCUUUUGUUUUUGUCAUUAUUGGCGUCGAUGUUUUGCAUUUUGUUUCGGCUGUUUUAAUAUGUGACGAAAUGGAAAUACUCGGUCGCAUUAUAGAAAAGAACUUAGAGCAUACUUCUCACUCACCUACAACCUAGCCUGUGCAUAGACAAUUUUAUAUUUUUCUUUUUGAAAAUCGACGAGCGCAGAGCGCUUCCCCACCCCCACCCCCUUGCGCUAGCGGUCAGUAAAUCCCCACCCCCUCCCCCCCGAUUUCAAAUCCAUACGCGCGCACGAUGAUGUCGAAAGAGAAAAUAGAAGGUCUAUGAACAGGCUACCUACACCCAUGACGUGAUAACCAGGCCCCUCUUUUUCAACCGGUGAAUAACUAUAUCCCCUGGAUAAAUCAUCAUUCACUUAAUGAAGCAAUUGGUUUCCCUCAUACUAAUCCACUGGAUAGUAAUUUAUCCGGUGAACUUUUGAAUAACUGGGAGCAGAUCAGAAAUAAAACAAGGCCCAACAAAACUGAAAUUGGUCACAGAGACGUAACUAUAACUUUCACUUAGAGUUGAAGUUAAAAAAAACUUUCUAACUUCCGCACAGUGUGUCCAAAUGAGACUCAUAUUUUCCGACUGUCCUGUAGUAGGGGUAGUGUGACGUCAUGUUACCAUAGUAGCAAAAUUUCUGGAUUUUCAACAAUCUUUCUUGAAAAAGACGGCAUUUGCAUUGCCAACAGUUCGUGGAGAUUCCGAAAUUUUGCUACCAUGGUAACAUGACGAAACGACUUCUCCUCUCUAUUCAGGACUCCACCCAUAUUCAAUCCAUUAACCCUUUAAGACCCAAUAUCCACAAACAAAUUCUCCAAACUGAUCUCUAUACAUUUCCUUACAGAAUUUGUUGGGAGAAAUUGAUAAAAGAUCAGAGAUUUUUCUUUUUGUGAUCAUUUGAUUAAUUCUCAUAGAUGUUGCACUUGACAUUCUAUGGGUAUUGUUAGGAGAAAAUUGAUGUUGGUCACUAUUGGGACUUAAAGGGUUGAAAUAUUACUUUACAAUGUUUACUUGAGUGAGCAACUGAUCAUCAGCCAAGGCUCCGAGGUUAUGCAAGAUGAAGUCUCCAGGAACAUCCUUUAAUCGCUUUUCUGUUCGUUUAAGGGUCAUGACACCACAGCUGCCGGUAUUUUGUUUGCCUUAUACCUUCUUGGGCGCCAUCCAGAAAUUCAGCAAAAAGUACAGGAAGAGGUGGAUCUGUUUUUUGGUGAGGGCAAAUCAAGAGUAAGAAGUGUGAAUACUGUUCAAAAGUAAAGUUUGCGAUUAUUGUCUUACUGAAUCGAUGUUUUACAGACCGUCGCCCUGAAACACUGUCAGUGGAUGAUUUAAAGGACUUACGUUACCUGGAAUGUGUUAUUAAGGUACUGAAAUAUUUCAUAUUUUGUUAAGUUGUUAGAAGACUGGUUUUUCUCGAUUAUUUUGGAUGAUCAAGGUAGCUUAUCCGGAGGCGAUUAAACCAAUCAACCUAUCUGUCAACUUCAAUACAAUUCUGGCAAUUGCCGCGGUCGCCCAAAUAGCCCGGAUCAUCUCCAUCACCUGAACACAUCUUGAGACAACUUGGGCCAUCGAAGACAAUCCGGACGAUUAUAUGAAACUUAGAGCUUCGGCGAUACUUGCUAUCCACUCAUUUUAACCUUAUUAUUUAUGUUAAUUUCCAGGAAGCCCAGCGUAUAUUUCCAUCUGUUCCACAUUUUGCUAGAACGACUACUGAAGACUGCCAAUUGGGUAAAUAACCUUACUAUGUCUUCCUUUCGACCUGCAAGCUGGGGACAACCUAACUGAGAGCCUGGGUGGGGAGCGUGGAUCUCCUUCAGUGGCUGAUCCCCUUUGGGCCUCAUUUUGGUCUAAAAAUAAAGGGGAGGCCCGGGCUCCCAUGGCCCCUCCCCUGGAUCCACCACUGUCCUUCAUAGAAGCUCAUACCUUACAAAUGUCUAUGAAGCCAAGCAAUAAAGUCUCUAGCAGUUCUAAAAGUAUCGGCCCUAAGCAAGGUUAUUCAUGCUAUGGUGAGAGGUCAUGAGGGAAUGACGUCAUGAUUUAAGUUGACUACCAUAUGUCAGAUUCACCAACCAGGGGAUCCACUAGGUCAGGGCACUGGACACAAACAUACCAAAAUUAACAUCACUUAAAAUGAUCUUACAUAAACAGCGCGCCUUUCCCUUUUCCGCGAGCACACUCCAAGUGCCUGGGGCCCCGAAUUCCCCUUACCCCUAACAUCAGAAAGAAAAAAGUGCCCACGCAUGCGCAGGCUAUAGCCUCGAUCAUUUAGGAAAAGAAAAAACAUAAUUCAAAUUCCGUUAAAUUGUAGGUGAAUUUUUCGCUCCGAAAGGCACAACGGUUGGGGUUUCACCAAUGGCUCUUCACAGAAAUCCGGAAAUAUGGCCAGCACCGUUGCAAUUCGAUCCAGAUCGCUUUCUUCCAGAAAACAGCCAAGGGAGACAUCCAUUUGCUUUUCUUCCAUUUUCAGCAGGACCGAGAAACUGCAUCGGUAGGACAUUAAAAUUUACAAAAUAGACGGUUAUUAAAACAGGCAAACAGGUUUAAUUUUGUCAUGCCAAAAUUAUAAUCCCAGUGGACAGCUAACGUCUUCCACUGGAUAAUCCAGCCGUCCCUCCUUGCUCCUCGCCGUUCGCAUGUGAGACGUCUUUGCUUCAGCGACAGAAAUUCCAUACUGAUGACGUAAAUUGAUGUUUACAUACCGUAAUUAAUCCGGUGGUCAUGGGUUUCCAAAUAUAAAUCUGAUUGAUUUUAUGUUUCUCUAGGUCGAUUAAGGUAAAGUAGAGUGUUCUUCUGGGAACGAGCUCCAGCAAAACUCAAUUGUUUAAUUCUCUUAAAAGAAGAAUAUAUUCCACGAAUAUUGACUGUUUUGUAGUAGAUUCAUCGUGUUUACAUUUGACCUUUUGUCUUUUGUCUGUCAUUCUUGAACUGAUAGCUAAAAAAACAAUAGAACUACUACUUCGUCGACCUAUCAGAGUUUCAGACCAGAUUCCAGAUUUCAGAUAGAUUUUUCGUCCUCAGUACGGAAUUUCUGUCGCUGAGGCGCAGACGUCUCUACUGCGAAACCUCCCUAGUGGCAAGGGGUGAUGAGAGACGUCUGUAUUCGCAGGCUAUCAUAAGUACCUAAAGCCGUCGCCUUACAAGGCGGAACGUCGGUUACGAGGGAUUUGCGACUGUAUUUUCUUUCUUCCUUACAGGUCAGCGGUUUGCCCUCAUGGAAGAAAAGAUUGUGUUAUCUCAUGUUCUGCGCUCCUUUAACGUGGAGUCCACUCAGACUUUCGAGGAACUUUUGACAUGUGCGGAGCUUAUUACCCGACCUAAAGAAGGACUAUUCGUCACAUUAGGAAAACGCCAGUAA